UGCUCGCUAGCCCACGUCCAGGCUGCCAUCCCCUUCUCCACACGUUCCCUUACCUGGGCCGAAAGACGACCCCCCCCCUUCUCUGGAAGGAGUGGAGACCGUGUGACUUUCCUCCCGCGCACACCGGCGGGCGACUCCCGAGCUCGGGCUGCCCGCGAGCCUCUCUCCUUCUCCCUCUCUCAAGUUCGCGCUCGCGCUCUUUUUUCUUUGCCGUCCCGGUUAAUACAGCUCAUCCCGGCCUCCCAAAGUCUCUUGAAGUGAGUCAAGGAGAGAGCGCGGGAUGCGCGGAGCCGUCCGUACCUCCGAGACGCGGUAGGGGCUGGAGCGAAGGCGCCGCUGCUGCCGCUCCCGCUUCUUGCAAAGGGGGAGGGGAAGCCAGAGGCGCUCGCUACCUCGCUCGCUCGCCGCCGCCGCCGCUUGUGCUUCUCUGGCGCGGGAGGGGGGGAUGGGACUGGGGAUAUGGAGCUUCCCCGGCAGCAGGGAAGCUGCCAGAGCUCCGAGAAGUCUCUCUGUUGCUGCAGGAGCCGGAGGCGAAGCUGGGAGCGGGGAUCCCGACUUCCUCAGUUCCCCGUUGCCCUCCUGGAGCCGCAGAAGGGGCGGGCGAGCUUCCUGGCUGCUCUACCAUGACCUCCCGGCCACCUCCAGGCGGUGUUUGCAUGUUUUCUUGCAAGCGACAGCCCCUACCAUGUAACCUGACCUGUGCAGCCAGGGGCCUUGUGCGGCGGCGGUGGCGGCGGAGGCAACAGCGGCAGCGCGGCCAUUGAGAGCCUCUUAGCUCCUGAAUCUGGUUAAAUGAAUACCUGACGAAAAGGCCCACGUUUCAAGGCAGUGACAUUUGAUACUGGAGAGGAAAAGUGGCAUUCAUGAAAAGCAACCUUUGGAAUUCCUGCUUGUGAGAAGAAGGAGAGGGGGAAAAAAUUCCAAUUCAGCUUUUUUGUGCUGCCAGCAAGAAAUGAUCAGUAGCACCAGUGUUUAUGCAACUCUGGAAGAAAUCUAUCUCUUACAGAGCGGGUUAUGGGGCAACGAAAGAGGCUUGAAGAUGCAGUGGACGCCAGAACAUGCCCAGUGGCCAGAGCAGCACUUUGACAUCACUUCAACCACCCGCUCUCCCGCCCACAAGGUAGAAGCUUAUCGUGGACAUCUUCAACGCACCUAUCAGUAUGCCUGGGCUAACGACGACAUCUCUGCUCUCACAGCCUCAAAUCUGCUAAAGAAAUAUGCAGAAAAGUAUUCCGGCAUUUUGGAAGGGCCAGCCGAACGUCCCAUCCUGGGUAAUUAUGUGGAGCCUCCAUCAGGGCUGGUGAAUGGUCGCAAAAGCGAAAGUGAGCCGUGGCAGCCUUCUUUGAACUCUGAGAGUGUUUAUCCUAUGAACUGUGUCCCAGAUGUUAUUGUCGCCAGCAAAGCUGGAGUAAGUACUGCCCUCCCUCCGGCAGAUGUCUCUGCCAGUAUAGGGAGCUCACCUGGGGUGGCUAGUAACCUGACAGAACCUAGUUACUCAAGUAGUACAUGUGGAAGUCAUUCAGUCCCUAGUCUGCAUUCAGGGCUCCCAUCUCAGGAAUAUGCCGCAGGAUAUAACGGAUCGUACCUGCAUACAAGUUACAGUGGCCAGCCAGCACCUGCACUUCCUUCACCUCAUCCCUCUCCUUUGCAUAGCUCUGGGCUUUUACAGCCACCCCCUCCGCCACCGCCACCACCAGCCCUAGUGCCAGGCUACAAUGGGACAUCCAACCUUUCCAGUUAUAGCUACCCACCAGCAAGUUAUCCCCCUCAAAGUGCUGUUGGGCCUGGCUAUAGCCCUGGUGGAGCACCACCUCCUUCAGCCUAUCUGCCUUCAGGUAUCCCUGCCCCAACUCCUCUUCCCCCCACCACAGUACCUGGGUACACCUACCAGAGUCAUGGGUUAACGCCCAUUGCGCCGUCGGCCCUGACCAACAGCUCAGCAACUUCUCUCAAGAGAAAAGCUUUCUAUAUGGCAGGGCAAGGAGAAAUGGACUCCAGCUAUGGAAAUUACAACUAUGGCCAACAGAGAUCUACACAAAGCCCCAUGUACAGGAUGCCUGACAACAGCAUUUCCAAUGCCAGCAGAGGGAAUGGCUUUGACCGAAGCUCUGAAUCCUCCUCCUUGGGCUUUAAGCCAACCAAACAAAUCAUGGCUUCCGAGCAGCAAAGGAAAUUUAACCAGUCCGGUCGGGCUCUGACGCCCCCUUCCUAUAGUUCUGCUAAGAAUUCCCUUGGCUCCAGAGCAAGUGAGCCCUUUGGGAAGUACAGCUCUCCCGUCAUGAACGAACACAGCGAAGAACAUAGGCAGCUUCUUCCUCAUCCAAUGCAAGGCCCAGGACUUCGUGCAGCUACCUCAUCCAACCACUCUGUGGACGAGCAACUGAAAAACACUGAUGCGCACCUCAUGGACCUUGUGACCAAUGAGAUUAUCAACCAAGGACCACCGGUGGACUGGAAUGACAUUGCUGGACUAGAUUUGGUGAAGGCUGUCAUUAAAGAGGAGGUUUUAUGGCCAGUCUUGAGGUCAGAUGCAUUUAAUGGGCUGACUGCUCUACCUCGGAGCAUCCUCUUAUUUGGACCUCGGGGCACAGGCAAAACAUUACUGGGGAGAUGUAUAGCUACCCAACUAGGUGCCACAUUUUUCAAACUCACAGGUUCUGUUCUUGCCACAAAGUGGUUAGGAGAAGGAGAAAAAAUUGUUCACUCUUCCUUCCUGGUGGCAAGGUGUCGACAGCCCUCGGUGAUUUUUGUUAGUGACAUUGAUAUGCUCCUUUCAUCCCAAGUGAGUGAAGAGCACAGUCCAGUCUGUCGGAUGAGAACCGAGUUCCUUAUGCAGCUGGACACCGUGCUCACUUCUGCUGAGGACCAAAUAGUAGUCAUCUGUGCCACCAGUAAACCGGAAGAAAUAGACGAAUCUCUUCGAAGGUACUUCAUGAAACGACUUUUAAUCCCACUUCCUGACAGCACAGCCAGGCACCAGAUAAUAGUACAGCUGCUUUCACAGCACAAUUACUGCCUCAGCGAUAAGGAGGUUGCACUGCUAGUCCAGCGUACAGAAGGCUUUUCUGGACUCGAUGUGGCUCAUUUGUGUCAGGAAGCCAUAGUGGGCCCUCUCCAUGCCAUGCCAGCCACAGACCUUUCAGCCCUUAUGCCCAGUCAGUUGAGGCCUGUCACGUACCAAGACUUCGACAAGGCUUUUUGCAAAAUACAGCCUAGCAUCUCUCCAAAGGAGCUCGAUACAUACGUUGAAUGGAACAAAAUGUUUGGUUGCAGUCAGUGACAAGUCGUCUCUCGCUUUUUUAAAAAAAAAAGAAAAGUGAAACAAAACACACACACACACAAAAAAUGUAAUGAAUGUUGGUGCGUGCACACAUACACACACACAUGUACACACACAAACCUGUUACAUAGGACAUGGAACCCCUUUUUCAGUCGUGUUGAAGUUGUGGAAGGGUACUGGGGGUGGGGGUGGGGAGAUAAUCACGUUGCAUCUAAAAACAGCCAGGUUUAGGCAUGAAGGAAUAGUACAUCCGAGGAGAGCUAUUGAUCUGCGAAGCCACAGAUGAGAGGAGGAGUCUGUUGAUGUUCCGUUCCAUUCCAUUCAGACUAGACAACACACUCUCACCAUGGAGGGUUGAUUUUUUUUUAGAAGGACAUGAACCCCGUGUGUUGAUUCAUUCGGCUGUUUUUUGGGUUUAGUUGCUGUCAAGUGCCUAACGUGGUACUUUUAUUUUUUUCCCCUUUAUUUUUUGCCUCACAAUUACAUUGGUGGCAUGUGCUAAUAUAAAGAGCUUUAACUUCAAAAUGUUAUGGGACUAAAGACAUGAACAGUUGUGUUGUGACAGAGAACCAGGUGUGACUUUGGUUUACUUUUGCUUUUUUUUUUUUCUUCCCCUCUUUUGGCUAGUCUAAAAGCAACUGUAUUCCUCAAUCCUGUUCUGUUCUGCAGUAUUAAACUAAGAACAGGUAAAACAGGGUAAUGGUAAUCUGGACUUUAAUUUCUGCGGUUUGUUUUGUUUAUUGUUCUGUCUGCAAAAAAAGAAAAAAAAAAGAAAAAAAACUCAGGAAAGUGAUUGUGAUUUGUACAGUACCUCAAAGGAAUGUGUUGAAAGCACUAUGUACUGCUGAGAUUUAAUAGGCUAGGCUUCAAUGUUACUUUAUCUUAAAUAUGUAUGUUUACCUCAAUGGUUGGGAAAAAAUGACAAGGAGAAAUAUUUUGAAUGUAUUAAGGAGCAAGCUGAAGCGUGCUAAAAAAGAUAAUCUUUAAAACUUUGAAAAUACAGCAGAAGUACCCCAGUUUUUCUUUCUUUCUUUUUAACCAAUAUUGGGGAUCAAAUUGGAGCAAGGCAAUUUUCAUGGCAGUCAUGUGUGGAAGUCCUUAGUCCUAGACAAAUUUUGUGACAAGUUAGUAGAGAGCACACAGACAAUAAAAAAAGUCCCUCUGUUGAAUUGUCAAAUCAUCUGGGAUAGUCAGAGACAAGAUCUGAUUAGGACUCUGAGAGGCAAAUUACCUUAGACCACAAGAUACAACUUUUGUAUCUCAGCCAAGGUUGUAGCAUCUUGAUUCUCCCAAUGCAUCAGUAGCAUAGAAUACUUGUAGGUCACAGAGAGCUUAGGGCAGUGAUGGGAUUCAUCCAGUUCACACCAGUUUGGCAGAACCGGUAGCUAAUUUUUUGUUGCCCAGGCCCAGAAUGGACUUCCGGAAGCGACAUCCACACAGAGAACCGGUUGUUCACAUAUUUGAAUCCUACCACUGGCUUAGGGACUGCAGAGCUGUUUACAGCAACACAGCAGAGAGCGACCAAACAAGACAAAAUUGAACCCUCAAAUGGCAUCUCUCUUCCUCUUUGCUUUGCAUUUUCACCACCAAAUGAAAAGUUAUCCCUUUGUUUUUAUGUGUGUUGUUGCCUCUUCUGUUUCCUUGAUGGCUUUGUUUGUUUUAUUUUUAAUGUGAUCAUUCCACAGUCAUUAGAAAUUUGCCUGGCUGGAAAAUGCCCAUCAUUUUAUUUCUUCCUCAGAUUUUGUUUUAUUUAUCUUUAGAGAGGCACAUAAAGAAUAGGACAAGCCAGAUUACCACUAGCAUGCAGAGCUGUUGAAGGCCCUAUUAACACAUAAUCCUAAGUAGGGUUCUUUGAAAACAACCAGCUUUGUGUUUGGUGAGGUUUUCUCCCAAGUAAGUGUCUGAAGAAUUGCAGUCAAAAAUAGAGGAUCUGGAAGGGAAUCAUUCUGCCUCUUCUCCCUUUGGCCACCUAUGGCAAAUGGUGACUGUUUUCCUUCAGGAAAGAGAAGCUAGGUGGGAUAUGUGGCAUUUUAUUCUAUUUGUGCCCCUGCUCCACAUUGUCUCCCUUUUUUAUUCUUUAAUGCUUUUAUGAGCAAUUCCUUUCAUGACAGCUGACUGAUGCUGUAAUGUCGCUGAACAGUAGAGCAAUUCAAACCUUCCCAGCCACACGAGCAGAGAGCAGCCUCUCUCCCCCCCUUUCUCUUUUCCCUCUCUGUUUUUUUAAUGUAAUCUUUUGUUUACUUUAAAGAAACAGCAGCAGAACAAUUACAAAUCAUUGGCAUUUAAUGUUACUUUUAAAUAAGGUACCUUCAAAUCCAUGAAAUAAAUGCACUGAAGAGCUCUAAUGAGAAAAAGACCAAUUAGUCACCUACUUAUUUUGUCUUUAAAGCUACUGCCCAAUUAUUACACUUGGUGUUUCCUCUGCUAAAAUGUUAAUUUUCAUUGCUAAAAAUUGAGCAAAUAAACCAAAAUGCACAUCCUAAAAGUCCUUUUGUUCAUUCUAAACUUAUGGGUUGUUUCUAAAAGGCAGAGGAGUUCAUUAAACAGUAAAACAGUGCCUUUCACUAAGGAUAUAGUAAAAUAAGUCUUAAUAAAUGCUUUGCAUUUUCAGUUAGCAAAGGUCUUUCUUUUUCUGUUUUUCUUCCCCAUCUAUUUCUUCCAUUAUAUCUUUUCCAUUUGGGAAGAACCACAAUUCCCUUCCCCAGAUUCAUAUUGAUCUUGCAGAUGGCUUUCUGAUGCAUAUUGCUGACGAAUCUUCUGACUUUUAGAUAUCACAUUAUGCUAUUGUACUGCCGUCUAUUUGAAAGGUUCAGACAUGUUUUGAAAAACUAAAUUUACAAUUGUAUCACCUCUGUCUAUACAUCCUUUAAAACUAACGUUAUCUAAUUUUAAGGUGACACCAAAUACAUUCAGUUCAUGUAUAUAGCUACAGUAUAAUCCCAGUAACACUUCAGUUAGCUUUGGAAUCGGCAGGUGCUCGGUUUAGCUCACAUUUUACUCUGUAUAUUUGGGGAAAACAAAUUACUGUAUUCUUCCAGUGAGCUUUAUAAAUAAAAGACUUAAUUGUGAGGUUAAGAAACUUCAAAGAGUUUGUCCUCUCCCAAAACCUUUGAAUCUUAUAUUGCGGAUUCAUGGCUGAAAAUAUCAGGACAUUUUCUCCCAAUUGAUAAUUAGCUACAAAUAGUAAGGUGUAAUAUUUUACCUGAUACAAAAAUAAUAGUUUUGUUUACUGUACUGCCCUUGUACAAAAUUGAGGCAAGCUUUAAUCCACUCUUCGCUCUCUGCCAAUGGAGAUUCCCUGGUAAAUAGAAUCACUCAGACUUUGCCUGGUUCACUCAGAACCAUUUAGUUCAACCCUGAGCUAUGAAUAUAAUCCUUUUUUUGGGCAUUGCUUCUUUUUUUUGCAUUUUUUAGAUAAAUAAGGCCAUUUGUUCCUUCUGCUGCUACAUUUAGGCCUAUAUAGAAUUGUGACCAUGUACAUUUCAUUGCAAUCAAAACUCUUUCUAAGAAUUUCCUUUCCAGGCUAUUUGAAUGUUCCACAAAUGAGAAGAUUAGCUUUUGAGAGGGAGUGUGAUAUGGCCAAAACAUACUAGCAUUCUGAAGAGGUAAAAUGAUUCAGCUGUGUUUUUCGUUUGAUUGGGACUCAGGAUUUUGCCUGAGUAGAGCAUAAAAUGAUGAGGUUGUAUGGCCAGAUUUCACAUGAGGCAGAUCUUCUACACCAGGGGUCUUCAA